AUGGAUGCGUUAGAAGCAAAGGUCGACAAAACGCGGCCUUCAAGAAAAAACAAGUACAGAGAGGAGGAUGGAAACGUCAGCAAUUCUACAAAGCACAUAAAGCAGUCGUCGCUAGCUCACCUUCACUCAGUUUGGUUCGAAGGGUACGCACGUGACCCGCGCUUAUGGAGUGCCCACGGUGAGAAGCAGAAUAAUUCGGACUCGAAGAUGCUCGCUGCCCUCUUGAAGUUGUUUCGUGAGACAGUCUCCACGCUGGACGAGCAAAUAACGACAUACCGCAACGUCGUGUUGGCGCUCGGCUUGCAGGCAGAAGCAAACGUCUUGGCGUUCUUUGGCGAGCGCGGCGUCCAUUCAAAAGGCGCCAAUGCGGUGAUGAAGCAGAUGCGCGCGCUCCAUCGAACCGGCGAGCUGAACGGCAGAAUCUAG